AUGGAAGAAUUAAGAAAUAGUAGUUUAUUGGUAAUUAUACUUGAUACCAAUCCAAUAUGGUGGGGUCAAAAUAUUACAGAAACAGGCUCAUCAGUUUGUUUAUCCCAAUGUCUGAAUUCUCUGAUGGUUUUUGCCAAUUCACAUCUAAUGUUGAGUCAUUAUAAUAAACUAGCAGUUAUAGCUGCUCACACUAAUAAAAGUUGUUUUCUGUAUCCCUUACCCAAACCACCGACUGCGGGUAAUACAACUACUGUUAAUGAUAAUGACACAACAGAGGGUGGUGAAGAAAAUGCUGUUAAAAUUCCACAAAUGGGAGAAAAUGAUGGAAAAUAUGAACUAUUUACAGAAUUUAAUGAAAAUUUAAAGACGGAAAUUAAAGAUCUGAUUUUAAAUGAUAGAUUAGUAGGAGAACUUUAUUCUGACUCUUUAGUAGCUGGGGCUAUGUCUAUGGCUAUGCAAUUAGAUAUCCAUAGAAUAGAAAAAGAGGCUCCCAUUGGUGAAAAUGUUUCAUCAAGAAUUUUGGUUAUUAAAGGAUCUGAAGACAAUGCUGCUCAAUAUAUGAACUUUAUGAAUGCUGUAUUUACUGCACAGAAACAGAAUACAGUUAUUGAUGCAUGUAUUUUGGAUAAUGACUCUGGUCUUCUACAGCAGGCUUGUGAUAUAACAGGUGGAAUGUAUCUUAAAAUACCUCAGAUAUCUGGUUUACUACAAUAUUUACUGUGGGUAUUUUUACCAGAUCCUAUAAUGAGACCUAAGUUAACCUUACCACCUAAAGUUCAGGUAGAUUAUAGAGCAGCGUGUUUCUGUCAUCGUAAUUUAAUUGAUGUAGGUUAUGUUUGUUCUGUAUGUUUGUCAAUUUUCUGUGCCUUUAAUCCCAUCUGUUCUACAUGCCAAACUACUUUCAAAUUUAUGGGUCCACCAAAAAUAUUGAAGAAGAAAUCAAAGAAGUCAGCAGGCUGA